UAGGAGAGAGGGGUUCAGCCAAAAGAGCUUUAGGAGAGAGGGGUUCAUGGGAUUGAAUUAUUUUUUUUUUUUUUUGAUUUCUGUGUGAACUCUCCCCGUGAACUUUCAAUGGGGAUGUUUUUAGGAUUGGUAAAAACCCCAGACGUGGCAGCAGGGUAUUGGUUGGUUUUUUAGACGAAAGGGAAAAAGUCGCGUCUCUCUCUCUCGUUCUCCUCUUCGAUGUCAUCGACUCUUCGUGUUCGAUUCUGUCGAAAUCUCCAAAGCUUGAUGAUGUUUGAUCCGUUGGUUCGUCGUCGAUUCUGUCGAAAUCUCCCCUCAUCCUCCACCAACUGUCGUCGUCUCUCCGUCGCUUAUCACAUCGUUCCUCAACGUCUCUCCUUCACCGAUCUCCGUCUCUUGCAGCCUCUCUCUCGCCUCCCGACUCUCCUCGCCGGAAACUUGAUCGUCGGCACGAACAACUCUGUUUCCGGUUUCGCCGUCGACGGCGUUCUCGUCACGAACCGGAUCUUUUCCUCUUAUAGUGAGCUCCUCUUAUAGCAAGCGUGUUCUUCACUACUGCAGCUCUCACAAAUGGGUUUUAAACACAGUAGCGAGCACCUCGCUGCUUCGUGGUUCUAUGAGGCAACAUGGUUUCACUCAACUAUACAUUCGGGAGAGGUCCUUUGAAGCUGCACAACAAAGGUCGAAGCGUCUGAUGUCUUGUGACAGAAGAAGACAAGUUGUUGUAUUGUGUAAUAUGUUGUAUUGUUUAUCCCAUUGGAGGAAGUAAAAAAAUAUUUAAGAACCUCUAUGUGGUUCUCCCAUUGGAGGAAGAAAAAAGUUAAUUCCAUUAUCCAAGGUUCUUCAACUUAUCAAAUCACCUUUAAACCAACUAUUUUAAUCAUUAGAACCCAUAAUGGGUUCUAAUGGAUGGAGUUGCUCUAACUUCGCCGAUUUUGAAAUCGUUGCCGGAAAAACUAACCGGUUCCAACGGAACAGGAGACACAUGAUUAAAACAGCAAGCCAACAUGAAAGCUCGAGAUCAGUAGCCAUAACCGUAACAACGCUUCAAAGACAAUCGAUUUGAACUUGAACAAACCAAGAUCUACCCGAGGAAAGCUGAAAAUCUAAACUUUUUAUUUUAUUUUUUUACUUUUAAAAAGCCAUCUUUAAUGAUAAAAAAAAAUAAGCUUGCAAAUGGAACCACCCGUUAAAAGUAUUAAACUGCUGGCAGAGUUUCUAGGAGAGAGAUAUUGUAUCUCAUUUCCUUCUAUUUUUACCAAUGUUUUUAAACCCGACCCGGACACUGAACCAGACGACUUACCGGAUCGUUGGGUCACUGGGUCGACCGCGGACGAACCGCAGAUUAAUAAAUAAAUUAAUUUUAUUAUAUAAUAAUAUAUCAGCUAUGUAAAUAAAAAUAUAGAAACUAAAGUUAAUGUUUUUAUAAAAAUAAAAUAAUAGUUUGGAUAUGUAUAUUUUUAUGUUUAAUAACAUUUAGAAAAUACUUAACUUUAAUUUCUAUAUUUUUAUUUUCAUUUGAUAUACAAAAUAUCAAAAAAUAGUUUAGACUAUUUAUAAUUUUGACUAACAAGGUAAAACUAAUGACAUCUAAAAAAAUCAAGACAUAAAAUUUAUAAAUAUUUAAAUGUUUAAUGUGAAAGAUAAAUUAAAUUUCAAAUAUAAAAUAAACCAAAAGUAAAAAAUAUCAUUAUAAUAAAUUAUCAAUAACGGAAAUAAACUAACACCAAAUCACAUUAACUAGUUUUGGUUCUCUAAACCACCGUUCACUUUAUUUUCUUCAAGUGGCAUAGUGAAAUCUUCAUUAAAAUCUAAAAAUCACAAAUAUAAAACUGAAAAGGAAAAGCCUAACUGUUUUUGUCAGUAUAUAACUUCUUAAUUAGAAAUUUAGAAUAUAAAACAUAAUCUAAAAACAUAAGUAAAAAUUAAAAAAGAAAUAAAAGUUAUUUAUUGGUUCAACCGGUAUCGGAUUUCGGGUUCUUUUGGGUUUUUGUGAGUUUUUGCGGGUUUUUAAAUAUUGGAGUUUUCACAAAACCCAAACCGGAUAUUUUCUGGAUUGUCGGGUUUACCGGUUCAACCGCGGGUCCGGGUCGUGUUUCAAAACACUGAUUUUUACAUUAGUUUCCCCAAUUAUGUAAUCACUAAAACUUGCUGCCACAAAAUAUGGUUUAAGGAUUUUUCCAUUCACAUAAUAAAGAAGAGUAUUUGCUUGUUACAUUUUCAAAAUAUGAGGUUUCAUUUACAAAUCUAUAAAGUAUUAACACGUCAAGGAAUUGGUAUUGUCGGCAUAGAAACGGUGGUAGCCUAGUGAUAAAAAACGAAUUUGGGAUAAAAUAUAUAUUCGUCUGUUCAAGAUUUCAUUUCUAUUAGAAACUAAAAUGUUAUUUGAUUGCGAAAUGAAAUUUUGUAUGCCUCAUUUAGAAAAAUAGAUUCGAAUUAUAAGUUGGCUUUGACAUUUUAAAAUUAUUUGGGUUUCGGUCCAUACAUCUUCAAAGCUUUACUUGCUUCAUUUAGGAAAAAAAUGUUUGAAUUACUAGUAAAUUUCAAACUUUAGAAGAUUAUUUGGGCAUCGGCCCAUACAUUCGAAACCUUGCUCACCUCAUUUAGAAAAACAAGUUUGGAUUACUAGUCAGUUUCGAUUUUUAGAGAAUUAUUUGGAUCUUGGCCCACAUAUCUACGAGUAUAUAUAAAAGUUAUCUCUAGGUUUAAGAAAGAUAUUAGGGUUAAGAGUCAAAAGAAUCCAACAGUGAGAGGCAGAGUUGAAAACAAUCAUGAAAAGGGUCAAGAGGUCUACGAAUCAAGACGAAAGGAUUGUAAACGUUUCAUUUACGAACCUUGCUAAUGACAUGAUCAUAGAGAUUCUCAUGAAUCUGCCGCCGAGAUCCAUAACCAGGCUCCAUUUCGCUUCUAAACAAUUGCCAUCGAUAAUCCUCGACAAAAAGUUCAUCCAGUGGUACAUGACCCGAUCUUUAACUCAGCCACGUUAUCUUAUCUCACUGCACCGUGGCGGAUACAUGCAGAUGCAUCACUUUCAAUCCUUGUCUCAAGACCAUCCGUAUAAUCAUAACAUGGUUAGUUAUGAAAUGGAACCCAAUGUACUGUAUGAAUUUACUCCACCUGUUCGCGGCUUGAUCUGCGGUCGGGACUUUACCAAGAUGAUUGUCGGAAACCCUAGUACGGGUCAGUUCGUAUUGUUACCUAGAGUCAAAACGAGGAGGCAAGAUAUAUUGCCUGUUUUUGGAUAUGAUCCAGUUAAUGAUGUAUACAAAGUGUUGUGCAUGACGGUGGUACUUAAACGUAGUCACAUGUCUAGUAAUGGUAAUGCUGUGCCGUGGGAGGAUAUUGUGUCGGAGGAGCAUCAAGUGAUCACUCUAGGAGCUAAAGAAAAAUGGAGAAUGAUCGAGUGUAAGUAUCCACAUCGUCAUAACUCUGGAUGUAAAGGGAUAUGCAAGGAUGGGUUUAUGUAUUAUUUAGCUACUUGCGAUAAAAAGCGAUCUCUAAUGAGCUUUGAUCUGAGUUUUGAAGAGUUUAAUGUCACUAAGCUACCUGAGGAUCAGAUGCUUCAACAGUAUGGUGAGCUGGUGAAUCACGCUGGAAAGAUAACCAUAGCGCAUCAGGCUUAUAACCGCAACGUUGACCUAUGGGUUCUGGAAGAUGCCAGCAAAGAAGUAUGGUCAAAAAAUUUUGUGGUUCCUCCUCUGUCGAUAGAUUUUUUUGGAAGGUUUUGUGACCUUGUGUCCAUGGGUAUACUUGGUACUGGGGAGAUGAUAUUCGCAUCGCGCUCAUCUCCUUCGUUCUUUUUUGUUUGUUUUGAUCCCAAGUCAAAAAAGGUCAGAGAAAUUGUGAUUCAUGGAAUGGGAGGGGACUCUCGUGAUAAUAUCCAAAUCAUUUUCGAUCAUGUAGAGAGUUGUAUGGUUCUGCCAAAGGUAUGUUAAUCCUUAUUACUGUAAUUGCGACACCUGAUAAAACAAUUUGUUCAGUCUUUUCAUCAAUUACUUUGUAUGAUUGUGGAUUAUAUAUAUAUAUAUAUAUAUGCAUGUAUGAAUUUUUUACAGUUUUGGUUUUGUGUGGAGCUAACAAGCUUCAGUUUUUUUUUUAAUUUAUAUUUUGAGUGAUAAUAAAGAGUUUUGUGUUAACUUAAAAAAAGGAAAAGAUCUCAACAAUCCAAAAAUAUACUCAGCAAUUCCAAAUCGGGAGAAGAUAAAAGAAGCUGAAAACAAAAAAAAAUAUUUAUAAAAAACAGAUAAAACAAAGCUCAAAACCAUUGAAGAUGGAGAUGAAUCUCAGAUUAAAGCCGGACAAGAUUGUGUUAUGAGAACCACCUACUUGCCGGAAUCAGAAGUCGGCCAAGACAGUGCUUUGAAAACCACUGCUUGCUAGAGACAUAGCCCGAACGUCGGAGUCAAGCUCCGGUAACAGAUCCGGCCAGCUUGACCGAACCUCUCUCUCUCUCUCUGAAGGAAGAGAGAGACCAUUCAACUUAAGAAAGAGACCAUUCAGCUUCGCUUUCUCAAUCAUCCAACUCCGUGAAAAGAUUGGAAAAGAGAACAGAGUGGAGAGAGAAAACCACAUGAGAACAUUUGAAAACUUAGAGCAUCUUUAUCUCUAAUCUUUAGAUAGAGUUUUUAACAAAAAGUGGGUGUGGGCCCCACUGAAACAAGGAAAAAUGUUGCCAAAAGUCACCAAAUAGGAGACGUUUGUUGUGUCUUUUGCACUGUUCGCGGGCCCCACCAACACGUAGCGACUCGCUGGUGCGUUUUUUAAUUUUGUUUUUUUUAGAAAAAAUGUAAAAAAAAAAUUAAGAAACUCUUUAUGAGUUUGUGGGAUAAAGAUGCUCUUACAUAAUUUGUAACUUUGUAUUUGUUUUGUAAGAAUAUUAUUUUAAUGUGAAUAGUGGAUACAAUAAUAGUUUAAACUAUUAAAUAGAAAAAAAAAAAAUAUAUAUAUAUAUAUAAUGAUCUAUUUCCGGCCCAUCAAAUUCAAACCCAUCAAGGCCCAAAUCUAUUUUUGCAGGUCCAUGGUAUUUUUUUAAAAAAAUAUCCACUUUUCACUUUGUUUUCUUCACCGUAACAUCAAAAAGAAAAAAAGAAAGUAAAAAAAGUUUAUGAAAUGGGAAUGUGGAACUGUUGUAGAGUCAAAACUAUCAGAUCAUCGCCGUCACCGGAGUCACCGCACGCCGUGUCCACGCCAGCCUUGCCACCACUGUUCAUAGCAAUAGGUAACGCCGCAAACUACUGUGCAUUUAAGUUUAGUUUCAGCCGUUUUAGUAUAUCGUCCACAACUUUCUAACCGUUGAGAAUUUCGUGCAUGCAAGGCCACCACCGUGUUCUUCUUGGCGAGACGAAGUUGUAGCUGCUGACCAUGUCGCAAUCGGAGUCACCAGAUGAAGCCGUAUACGCCGUCAGGCCAUGCACAUGCAUUACACGCACCGCUGCCGGAAAUCGCUUAUCCCGCCUUGCUGCCCUACGUCGCUGCUGCCCUCUGCCGUCG